CUCAGAGAUAAUCAACGGCGCCUGAAAUUUUCUCCCCUUAUCGCCCACAUUCCCGAUAACCUCGAAAUCAUAAUGGCGACCAUGGCUAACACUGACCGCGAAACCGCACAGCCAACGUGCCAAAAUUGCACGACCUCGACGACUCCUCUCUGGAGGAGGGAUGAGAUCGGCUCUGUGCUGUGCAAUGCCUGCGGUCUGUUCCUCAAGCUGCACGGCAGACCCCGGCCGAUAAGCCUGAAGACAGAUGUUAUCAAGAGUCGGAACCGCGUCAAGAGUUCGGGUGCCGCCCAAGGGGCGAAGAAGAAGGCAAGUAGGAUCGUGAUUCUCUUCGAAUCCCAUGGGCUCGAGCAGACCCGAUCCCAGGGUGGGACACCACCACCCGGCCCCAUGGGCCAUCGUCGCACUUCCCAGAAGUCUGCGAACGGCCAUUCUGAUGGCUCGAAUUCUCCAAUCUCUCGAACUGCGACCCCGUCGAUGUAUGCCAACCACAUGCCAGCCUACAACGGCCACGCUCUCGACGAUCACUACACCCAUCCCUCCCCGACACUCCCUCCGAUGCACCUCCGCCAACCAUCGCCGGGCCGCUCGACGUCCCCGCUGAAUGGGGCCCAGAGUCUGGAGGUCCCGCAGACCUACGAACAGCUUAUCGCCCAGAACUCGUCUCUCAAGACACGCGUCAGCGAGCUCGAGGUCAUCAAUGAGUUAUUCCGUGGCCGGGUCACACAACUCGAGCAGGACGAGAGCAAUGCACGCCGAGGCGAAGAGAUGCGUCGCGAAUCGGAACACAACCUCAUGAGUCGCCUGGAGGAAUCCCAGCGUCGAGAGAACCAGCUCAAGCGGCGUCUCGAUGAUGUCGAGCGCGAGUUGAGCGAACUAAAAGAGGGCGCACCACGUGCCAAGAAGAUGCGUGUCGCAGAUAUGGUUGGAGACAGCGAGUCCUCCACACCCCAAUCCGUGACAUAGACGCCGAUACGGAUACGAAUUCUCAGCGGGGGGCGGCGAUUUUCUUUACUACUCUGUUGAUGAUACCAACAUAACGAUAUUUCCUUCACCUUCCUCGACCGCUUGCCGGCUCAUCGCCGGCUAGCCCUACGCCCUCCCUCUUGGUCGGGGGCCUGACUGUAUACAGUUGUCCUCCCUGGCUCUUGUAACACCACCGCACACGCACC